UAAUGGCUGUAGUGGGAUCACAGCAUCUUUCUAGAACUUCUUCAAAUUCUUUCUAGAUUCAUCUAGUGAUCCUCGACUUCCCAAACUAGCUCAAACCACCAGUGACGUCAGUUCUUCGAUAACUGCCAAUUAAACAAGCACGAAGUGAAACUUUCUCUAUCUUUAUCAACCAUUUUUCAUUGUUUUGUUCUCCUUCUCUACAAUUUUUUGAUUGACCUUCUGCUUAUAAUGUGGAAAUUGCAUCAUUUCUUUUGCGUGGUUAUGAAAAAAAACAUUCUUUUUUCCUAGUUUAAAGCUAUUGGACAUGGAUGAGAGACUUCUACCUGAAAGAAAAGAGAGCUUGAGGGUGAGACUAUGGGAGGAAUCGAAGAAGAUAUGGAGGGUUGCAUUUCCUGCCAUAUUAGUUCGAGUAUCGGGCUUUGGAAUGUUUGUUGUCACUCAAGCGUUCAUCGGACAAAUCAGUGAGGUUGAGCUUGCAGCCUAUGCCCUUAUACAGAUCAUCACUGUCCGAUUCGCAAAUGGAAUAUUGUUGGGAAUGUCUAGUGCAACUGAGACGCUAUGCGGGCAAGCAUUCGGGGCAAAGCAAUAUCACAUGCUUGGAAUUUACCUUCAAAAAUCAUGGAUUAUCAACCUCUGUACAGCAACAAUCCUUCUACCAGUAUUUAUCUUCGCGGCACCAAUCUUCAAAUUAAUUGGAGAAGAAGAAGAAAUAGCUAACAGUGCAGGGUACAUUUCCCUAUGGUUCAUCCCAGUUCUCUACUCUUUUUCCUUCAGCUUUACCAUCCAGAUGUACUUGCAGUCACAGCUUAGGAACAGAAUAGUCGGAUGGCUGUAUGCAGCAUCAUUUGUGCUUCAUGUUUUCAUGUCCUGGCUCUUUGUCCUCAAAUUCAAUUGGGGGAUUCCUGGUGCAAUGAGUUCAAUGAUCAUAGCAAAUUGGUCGGUGAUAAUUGGACAGUUUGUGUACAUCUUUGGGGGUUGGUGUCCCAAUACCUGGAGAGGGUUCACAGUUGCAUGCUUUUCGGAUUUGCUUCCUGCAGUAAAGCUCUCCAUAUCCUCAGGAGUGAUGCUCUGCUUGGAGUUAUGGUACAAUGCAAUUCUAGUCCUCCUAGCAGGAUACAUGAAAAAUGCUGCAGUCGCGAUAUCUGCCUUCUCUAUCUGUCUUAAUAUCAUAGCUUGGGAGUUCAUGCUAUGUCUUGGCUUCUUUACUGCUUCUAGCGUUCGAGUUUCGAAUGAAUUGGGGAGAGGAAAUGCCAACGCUGCAAAGUUUGCAAUCAAAGUCAUAGUAUGGACUUCAAUUAUUAUUGGAGUGUUCUUCUGGGCUUUAUGUUUAAUUUUCGGUGAACAAAUUGGCUACUUGUUUACAAGUGAAAAAGAAGUAGCAGAAGCUGUGUCACAGCUCUCUGUCCUGCUUUCUUUCUCAGUUCUGCUCAACAGUAUCCAGCCAGUGCUCUCAGGGGUGGCUGUAGGGGCUGGGAGGCAAGCUAUUGUUGCAUAUAUUAACAUUGGUUCUUAUUAUGUGAUUGGAGUGCCACUAGGAGCUGUUCUUGGAUAUGUAGCCAAGCUUGAAGUCAAGGGCAUUUGGAUUGGGAUGAUAGUUGGGGUUGCUGUUCAAUCAGCAAUAUUAGGCUUCAUUACUUUUAGAACUGAUUGGGAGGAACAGGUGAAUAAAGCAUCGGAGAGAAUGAAUAAGUGGUUCUUGAAGCCUUCUGGUGAUUCUGAAGGAAACCCAGACCAAGAAAGAAUAAAUGAAUAAACAAAAUUUGCCCUUUUCUUUCUCUCUUUUUUUUCUUUUUUUGGAUUUUUUUCUCUGAUUAAGCCAUAAGUUCAAAAUGCUUAUUAAUUAAUAUUAAUAAACAUUAUAAGUUAAU